UCCCUGGCGCUGGAUCACUGAGGGGAGAGGGCUGGGGCGCUCUGCUGAGCCACUCCUGUGCCUCCCUGGCCUUGUGCACCUCUCGCCCCCAGGGGGAUUAGUGUCCAGGUUACCCUAGCAUCCUACCACCUCCUGGUGGCCUUGCCGCCCCCACAACCCCGAAGUAUAAAGCCAGGUACACGAGGUGGGGGACGCACCAAGGAUGGAGAUGCUCCAGGUAAGACUGCAGGGCCCCUGGGCACCUUCCACCUCCUUCCAGGCCAUCACUGGCAUGAGAAGGGGCAGACGCGUGUGAGCUGUGGAAGGAGGCCUCUUUCUGGAGGGGCGUGACCCCCAGUAAGCUUCAGGGGCUGCUGCUGUGGCUGCUGCUGAGCAUGGGUGGGGCACAGGCAUCCAGGGAGCCGCUGCGGCCACUGUGCCGCCCCAUCAAUGCCACCCUGGCUGCCGAGAAGGAGGCCUGUCCCGUGUGCAUCACCGUCAACACCACCAUCUGUGCCGGCUACUGCCCCACCAUGAUGCGGGUGCUGCAGGCGGCCCUGCCGCCCCUGCCCCAGGUGGUGUGUACCUACCGCGAGGUGCGCUUCGACUUCAUCCAGCUCCCUGGCUGCCUGCCUGGCGUGGACCCCGUGGUCUCCUUCCCUGUGGCUCUCAGCUGUCGCUGUGGACCCUGCCACCGCAGCACCUCUGACUGUGGGGGUCCCAAGGACCACUCUUUGACUUGUGACCACCCCCAACUCCCAGGCCUCCUCUUCCUCUAAAGACCCUCCCCCAGCCCUCCAAGUCCAUCCCGACUCCUGGAACCAGCAGGCACCCCGUUCCUCCUGCAAUAAAGGCUUCUCAGUGCGCA